AGGAUGCAGGCCCCCGGCGCUCGGGCCGCGCACCUGAGCGAGUGGCAGGAGAGCCACUUCACCGCCACGUCGGGCGCGUGCUCGGCGGGGCAGAAGGCGGACGCCUGCCGGGCGCAGAUCCUGCGCAUCCAGUACGCGCGGGCCAACUCCGAGCUCUCCCCGGCCUGCGCAUGCAGACUGUUCAGAAGGUGCGCGGAGAGGUACUCUGCGGUCGUGGACUCCGACAACGCCGAGAGCGGCUUGAACAACUACGCGGAGAGCAUUUUGGCUCUGGCAAGGCCCCACCAGGCCGACAGCGACAAGUGGCAGUCCGGACUGUCAGUCACCAGUGUUUUCCAGAGGCGCAGCGUGCAGGAGAUGAUGCGGGCCGGCGCCCAGUCCCGAGACUCCCUGCUGGCGGCUGCUGGUGCCUCGGCGGUGGUCCACACGGGGGCCGCGGUCCUCGGUCCUCCGAAACCCGGUGUUCCUGGUGGUUCCGGGGAGGGCGGCCCAUUCCCGGGCCCUGCCCGUGGUGCAGACGGGACCCGAGACAUCCCAGCGGGCGGUGUGUCGGGCCCUGGGAAUGCCCAUCCACCCGGGGUGACGGACACCCCGAAGCCGUGUCCCCCACUCUCAGCACCUUUUGGGGACCUAGCCCCUGCGACGUGGCACGCCACCCCGUUAUUUGGCGGUGUGAGGAAGGAAAACGGCAGCUCUCCGAAAGCCAGCGUGGGGCUGAGUGUGUUCUUACCCGGCCGGCCCAGCGGUCCUGCUGGCGGUGAGGGUCCCCGCGAAAGGCUCGCUCUCUACGGCUGCAGCCCCGCUGACGCUCUUUCGGCCCCGCCCCUGAGCCAGGCCCUCAGUAAGACAGAAGACGGCGGCCAGGGAGAGGAGAGCCGGCUGCCGACCUUCAAAACCGCGAAGGAGCAGUUGUGGGCGGAGCAACAGAGAAGGCACGGCCCGCCUGCCCGUGUGUCGGGGUCUUCCUAUGGUGGCGUGAAAAAGUCUCUGGGCGCCAGCAGGUCCCGAGGGAUUUUCGGGAAGUUUGUCCCUCCUGUCCCCAAGCCAGAUGGGGGUGACCCGGGUGGGGGCAUGCAGUGCAGGCCCGACGGAGCCGGGCCCACAGCCCCGGCCGACGAGCGCCUGAAGGGCCUGGAGCCGAAGAUGGUCGAGCUGAUCACGAGUGAGAUCGUGGACCACGGGCCCCCGGUGCACUGGGAGGACGUGGCAGGGGUCGAGUUCGCCAAGGCCACCAUCAAGGAGAUCGUGGUGUGGCCCAUGAUGCGGCCCGACAUCUUCACGGGGCUGCGCGGGCCGCCCAAGGGGAUCCUGCUCUUCGGGCCCCCCGGCACCGGGAAGACCCUGAUCGGCAAGUGCAUCGCCAGCCAGUCCGGGGCGACCUUCUUCAGCAUCUCCGCCUCCUCCCUGACCUCCAAGUGGGUGGGCGAGGGGGAGAAGAUGGUCCGGGCCCUGUUCGCGGUGGCCCGGUGCCAGCAGCCCGCCGUGAUCUUCAUCGACGAGAUCGACUCCCUGCUGUCCCAGCGCGGGGACGGCGAGCACGAGUCCUCCAGGCGGAUGAAGACCGAGUUCCUGGUUCAGCUGGACGGGGCGACCACGUCUCCCGAAGACCGGAUUCUCGUCGUGGGGGCCACCAACCGGCCGCAGGAGAUCGACGAGGCCGCCCGGAGGAGGCUGGUGAAGAGGCUGUACAUCCCCCUCCCGGACGCGGCCGCGCGGCGGCAGAUCGUGCUCAGCCUGAUGUCCCGGGAGCGGUGCCGCCUCCGCGAGGAGGAGCUGGCGCUGGUGGUGCAGCGCUCGGAGGGGUUCUCGGGCGCCGACGUGACGCAGCUGUGCAGGGAGGCGUCCCUGGGCCCCAUCCGCAGCCUCCGGACCGCCGACAUCGCCACCAUAACGGCGGACCAGGUGCCCCCCAUAGCGUACGUGGACUUCGAGAACGCCUUCCGGACGGUGCGGCCCAGCGUGUCUCCCAAGGACCUGGAGCUCUACGAGAGCUGGGACAGGACUUUCGGCUGCGGGCAGUGAGCGGGCAGU